UGUCGAGGAGCGUCACGUAGUUGUCCAGUGCGUCUCCUCAGAAACUCCACCGGUUCGCAGGGACUAUCAUUCAAAGGAAUACCAGCAGUGGAGCAGCAGGAGUGAGACCACACAACAGAAACCGGGAACCAGGGACAAGGGGUCUCCCCAAAAACCUGAGCCAUGAGUCGCAGCAUAGUGCGGCAGAGUAAGUUUCGCCACGUCUUUGGCCAGACGGUCAAAGCUGAGCAGGGUUACGAUGACAUCCGUGUUUCCAAGGUGACGUGGGACAGCUCCUUCUGCGCCGUCAACCCAAAGUUCCUGGCGGUCAUCGUGGAGUCGAGCGGUGGAGGAGCGUUCCUGGUGCUGCCCCUCGUUAAGUCGGGUCGAGUGGAUAAGAACUACCCGCUGGUGAACGGCCACUCUGGACCCGUCCUCGAUAUCGACUGGUGCCCUCAUGACGACAAUAUCCUGGCUAGCUGCUCAGAGGACACUACUGCUAUGGUGUGGCAGAUCCCAGAUCACUCGCUGACCCGCCCCCUCUCCGACCCCGUGGUGGUGCUGGAGGGUCACUCCAAACGAGUGGGCAUCAUCACCUGGCACCCCACUGCACGCAACAUACUACUCACUGCGGGCAGUGAUAACCUGGUUAUAAUCUGGAACGUGGGGACGGGCGAGCCCCUCAUCACCAUGGACGACCACCCAGACCUCAUCUACAGCAUCAGCUGGAACCGAAACGGCAGCUUGUUUUGCACCACCUGUAAGGACCGGCGUCUGCGUGUCUGCGACCCCCGCAAGAGGGACGUGGUUGCGGAACGUAUGGCUCCACAUGAGGGGAUCCGGCCAAUGAGAGCCAUCUUCACCAAAGACGGAAACAUCUUCACCACAGGGUUCACCAGGAUGAGCCAGAGAGAGCUCGGACUCUGGGACCCGACAAACUUUGAGGAGCCAAUCGCACUGUUGGAGUUGGACACAAGUAAUGGAGUGUUGUUACCGUAUUAUGAUGCAGAUGCGAGCAUGGUCUACCUCUGUGGAAAGGGGGACAGCAGUAUCCGUUACUUUGAGAUCACAGAUGAGCCCCCAUUUGUUCACUACCUCAGCACCUUCAGUAGUAAGGAGCCCCAGAGAGGGAUGGGCUUCAUGCCUAAGAGAGGUGUGGACGUCACCAAAUGUGAGAUCGCUAGGUUAUUCAAGCUCCUGGACAAGAAGUGUGAGCCCAUCACAAUGACAGUGCCCAGAAAAUCGGACCUCUUCCAGGACGACCUGUACCCGGACACAGCGGGGCCCGAGCCCGCCAUGGAGCCUGAGGAGUGGCUGAACGGCCGCGACGAAGACCCCAUCCUAGUGUCUCUAAGGGGGGGGUAUGUGGCGCACAAGACCCGGGAGUUCAAAGUGUCAAAGAAGAACGUGCUGGACUCCAGACCAACCACCCGACGCAGCGUGUCCACUUUGGACACCAACAAUCUGCCGCCUGAGUUGCUUGGGAGGUUGUUGGAGGAGCUGCAGAAUCUGAAGGCCACAGUUUUGUCUCAGGAGAAGAGAAUCUCUGACUUGGAGAAUAAGCUUUCCCAGUUCACUAAUGGCACUGACUGACGUGAAACAUGCGUCUGAAGAACUGGUCUACAUCUCAAAAAUAUGUAUCUAUACAACUAUUAUAGAAAUACAUUUCCCUUGUUUUUUUUUCAAGGAACCAGUCUCCUAAAUACUCCAACAGUGUAGCUCCUUUAAAAAAGGUACCAUUUUGUAAAAAUAUGAAUGUGGACAUUGUCCAUGCAAAUAGACAGUCAAACUAAUUUGAACAAAUAACAUCCAUAAUGUGUAAUUGUUUGGCAGUUUUUCUACAUAAUCCUCAUUCCAGCUCUAACACAAUAUACCUUUACUGCUAUGGCAAACAUAUUUGUAAUAUAUAAGUCAAGAAUGAGAAGAGUACAAAAGUGGAGUGAGGGAGCUGCAGGUUAGAGGGACGUGUGCACGUUGGGUUGAAGGUCUGAAUGAAGUCAGCAUUGUGAACACUUUUAAACAAUACUGUCACACCGUAGUAAAAAUCAAAAAUACUUUCUGCUUGGAAUGGUUUGGCUUUUGGUAAGUUGCAUUGACAAACUAACAUCACGCUAAACAAAUCUAAAUGCUUCAGUAAGAGACAAUCACCGACCAGUUUAUUUAGACUCUUUGAAAACUCUUCAAAAUGUAAAUAGUGAUAAAAGGAAACAGGAGAAAAAAUGUUGAACUUGUAGCAAAUUGUGAAAAGCCAAAUGUUGUGUGUUCUGUAAAGCAAUAGACACAUUAUGACAACAAUAAAAAUCAGUGUUUUUUAAAUA